AUGGAUAAGUUUUUAAUUUCAAAAAGGCUGAAAACCGCCACCACAAAUGUUGAUGAAGCCUCAACCAGCAACAAAGAUUUGAAUUUAGAACAGGCAAAUCCUGACACAAAUAGUAAUAGUGGUGCUGAGGAGUCAGAUGGAGCAAGUGCUACUAGUACUGCUAGUACUGCUAGUGAGAGUGUACUUUCAAGAAGCAAUAAAAGAAAAAAAAUGUCUACAGUAUGGAAAUACUUCAAAAAAAAAUCGGAUGAUAAGAAAUUUGCAAAGUGUUUAACCUGUUCCAAAGAAUACAAAACAAGCGGCAAUACCAGUAACCUCAAGGACCAUCUGAAGCGAUUUCAUUUCUCCACAUUUUCAGAAACUGGAGAAGUAAGUGAUGAUGCACAGGCUCCUCGCUCAAACUUUAGAUCGAUCUCUAGCAUCGUAAAUGAUGUGGGUUUUAAAAAAUUUGUGAACCUCCUCGAUCCAAAAUAUGUCUUACCAAGUAAGACUACAUUAAGGGACACUAUUCAAAAAAAAUUAUAUUUAGAAGGAGUUACUAAAUUGAAAGAUAUUCUAAAGAAUAUAGAAUUCUUAGCAAUAACCUCAGAUUGCUGGACUUCACUAGCAUCAGAAUCUUAUAUAUCAGUCACACGCCAUUUUAUUGAUGAGAAUUUUCAAUUGAAAAAUGCUAUUUUGCAUACAAAAAAAUUAGAUAGUAGGCACACUGGUGAAAAUAUCGCAAAUGCAUUGUCAGAAAUUUUUACAGAAUGGAACAUUCAGAAAAAAAUUAGCUGUUUCGUUACAGAUAAUGCCGCUAAUGCAUUAAAAAUGUGUCAAAUCUUGAAAAUUAAAAAUUUACCUUGUUUUGCACAUAGUCUAAAUUUAGUUGUUCAAGACAAUUUACAUAUGCCAGUAGUAAAAGAUACAAUAAAGAAAUGUAAAGAAAUAGUUACAUUUAUUAAAAAUAGCAACAUUGCUGCAGACACUUUUCAAAAAGAGCAAGAAACAUGUGAUAAACAGUACAAAUUGAUUCAGGAGGUUAAAACUAGAUGGAACAGUACCUUGUACAUGCUAAAAAGAAUAGUUGACACAGCAGAUGCCCUUAAUAGAACCUUAUUAAAAUCAAAAAAAGCUCCAUCUCCAAUUACAGCCGAAGAAAUGAUUAUUUUAAAGGAUCUUAUAAAAUGUUUGGACAUAUUUGAAGAUGCCACCAAUAAAGUUUCUGGAGCUACAUAUGUUACUGUGUCCCUUAUUAUUCCAAUAACAUUUGGAAUAUACUGCAACCUUACAGAUUUAGUAAAGAAUUUGUCAUCAGAAUAA